AGGAGUUACACCUGUACCAGUGUGAGAUUUGGAGGGCAUAUCUGUCCCUGGGCAACUGAAGUUCCCCUUUCUUCCUCUUCUUCUCGCGCAUUCCUCCCGUUAUCCCCAACAUCACCGCCGUCGCCGUAGCUUUCUCUACCGGAAACACUUUGGCUAUUACACUAUACCCCGAGCACACUCCGGUCGGUCCGGCUUGCCUCAUCCUCCCACUCCAUGACUAGUAUCCGCCAGAGGCCUGCGCUGUGGAGCUAUCUUUCCUUUACAAAAGCACCGACACGACCGGACCGAUCAUCGAGCAUCUCGUCACAGUACCGCCCCGACGACCCGCACGAGAAGCCAGAGCGAUUCGAUAGCGACGCCACGGACGCAAACGCGAAAACCAUGUCGAAUCGAUGGGUGAAGACCGUGGUCGUAGUGGUGCUGUUUUGCGUGGCCCUGUUCUUCCUAGGCCCCAAGGAUAGUAUCACGAAAACCGAGAAUUACCUUCAAGACCACCGGCCAAUGGGCAAUGGCAAUGGCCAGACAGCCUCCGAUCCUUCGCUGGGAACCACGAAAUGUCUGAAGUCGAGCUCGAAGUACAAGCCGAUCGUGCAGUACGCGUUGAUGGUGGACGCUGGGUCUACCGGUUCCCGUAUCCACGUGUACCGUUUCAACAACUGCGGCGACACCCCCGAGCUCGAGCAUGAGGAUUUCAAGAUGACGAAGCCGGGACUCUCCUCGUUCAAGGAGGAUGCCGAAGGCGCCGCAAAGAGUCUCGAUGAGCUGCUGGAGGUUGCGAUGAAGUCCGUGCCUGAGAAGCUGAAGUCGUGCACGCCUAUCGCUGUCAAGGCCACCGCCGGACUUAGACUGCUUGGAGAUCAACUUAGUAAGAACAUCUUGGAUGCAGUCAGACACCGGUUGGACACGAAGUACCCGUUCCCGAUCAUUGAGAAGGGUGGCGUUGAAAUCAUGGAUGGAAGCGACGAAGGUGUCUACGCAUGGAUCACGACCAACUACCUCCUCGGCAAGAUCGGCACAGUCGAGAAGAUUCCCACAGCAGCCAUCUUCGAUCUCGGCGGAGGCUCGACUCAGAUCGUAUUCCAGCCCACCUUCCCUUCCGUUGGCGGCGGCAUGCCCGAGAAGCUUGCCGAGGGCGACCACAAGUACCAGCUCAACUUUGGCGGCCGCAACUUCGAACUCUACCAGCACUCGCACCUGGGUCUCGGUCUCAUGGAGGCGCGUAAAGCGAUCCACAAGGUCCUCGCGAAGACGAAGCAGGAGGAGAUCGGUGCCGGUUGGGACUCACAGCCCCUUGUCAACCCGUGCAUCAACGUUGGCAUGUCUCGUUUGAUCGAGGUGGACAUGGACGGAACACUGGUCAAGCUCAACAUGACUGGCCCUGCAGAGCCAUCCGCCGCCCAGUGCCGGGCUCUCGCCGAACAGAUCCUGAACAAGGGUGUGGACUGCAAAUUGACACCCUGCUCGUUCAACGGAGUUCACCAGCCUUCGCUGGAGCGCACUUUCGCCAAGGAGGACGUGUACAUCUUCUCGUACUUCUACGACCGCCUCCGUAUACUCGGAAUGCCCGAGAGCUUCACGCUGCGCGAAAUGGUGGAGACCACCGCGCGUGUGUGCUCCGGCGAGUCGAAGUGGGAUGUGUUCUCGUCCUUCAAGGGUGCCCUCGAGGACCUCAGGGAUAGACCUGAGGGCUGCUUAGAUCUGAGCUUCAUGAUUGCGCUUCUGCACACCGGCUACGAGAUGCCGCUGGACCGCGAGGUCAAAACCGCAAAGACGAUCAAGGGCAAUGAGUUGGGAUGGUGCUUGGGCGCCAGUUUGCCCAUGCUGGAUAAGGGCACUGGUGGUUGGCAGUGUAAGCUUAAGCAGGUUGCGUAAGUGCUGCGCCUGGGUUUUUGUCACGUAUAGGUAGACGGUUUGUUUAUGUGUGUUUCCAUUGCGAAGCAAUGGUUGCUAUUUUUUUUUCGCUUG